UUUAAGUCUUGCAUUCAACAGGAUCUACUAGUGUCUGGAAGAGGCAGGAGUUCAUCCACAUGUUCAUAAACGGAGACUUCAAAUUUGGACCAGGGUUUCGGCUCAACAGCUAACAAUGAAGAAGGAAAUUGCAGCUGUGGUGUUUUUCCUUAAGCGGUUGAUUAAGAAGGCAGAGAAGUUGGAAGCAGAGAAAGUGGACCUGUUUGUGGAACGACUGACUGUGGCUUUGCAGGAGAAGUUUAGGGGUCACUGGUAUACGGACAACCCCAGCAAGGGCCAGGCUUUCAGGUGUAUUCGAGUGAAUCGAUUCCAUAAGGAGGAUGCAGAAUUGCUGCGGGCCUGUGUGGAGAGUGGGGUGCAGUACACAGAUCUUGGCCUCCCUAAAGAGCUCACAUUGUGGGUAGAUCCAGGACAGGUGUGCUGCAGAUACGGUGAAAGGAAUCUUGCCUUCACGGUGGCAAGUUUCUCAAGUGACGACAAUGAUGAUAAGGAAGAUGUUACGAAGAAGGUGACAAGUGCUGUAGAGAGAGUGACAUCUGAUUAUCAUUCAGGAUCUUCUUCAGAUGAGGACAAUGGUUGCAGGGAGCCAAGAUACAUCACUGGCUUCUCCCAUCGCCCUCCUUACCAGCUUAUCUACCCUGCAACUCCUAUGUGGCACCCGGGAUCCAGGAGGAAUCUCGGUCAAGGAAAAGGACAUGGCCCUCCUCGGCCAAACUACCCUCCCCGACCCCCAGUGAGACACAACCUCUCCUUCAAACCAAAUGGCUGGGUAUCUCAUAGCUAUCGCAGCAAGCAUGGAUACUGGCCCAACGCACCGCCAUAUUCGGCUGUGCAGCCGGAGCAGCUACUGUAGCGAUGUUGACAGGAAGGAAGAGGUUUUUGAGUAUACCACUAAGAUGACUGACCAAAUUUUUAAAACGUAUUUUUGUAGUUCAAUUGUCACUUUUUUCCCUUCAAAUUUGACUUGUAUUUUUUUAAAGUAACAUAACUCUUUGCACUUUAGAGGAUUUGUAAUCAAGUGUUUAUAACUUAAUCUUUGUAUGUGUUGGAUUAGGAAUAUUUUUGAGUAUUUGAAUAUUUUAUAGUUAAGGAAUUAUGUACUGUAUUUAUGUUAAAUGGGAUUAUUUACUGAUACUUUAGUGAUUUAGUUCAGAUUAAGUGACCAAAUGUUUUAUUUAUUCACAGUGAUGUAUGUAUUACUCGGACUACUUAAAUUAUGGAUUACAUUAAAAUACAAUUUCUAAUCAAAUUCAA